AUGAAGGUAGUCAAGGCUAUGAAGCUGGCACCAUCCAGUCACCUCCACCUUCCUUGCCCAAAAGAGAUUGAAGUGAAGGCCCAAGAAGAGCCCAGAGAGGGGAUGGCAAAGGAUGAGGAGGACCAUGUAGAGACCAAAAGACAAGACGAUGGGAACAGGGGCCCCCAUAACAAUGGGGAUAUACCCUUGAUAUCUAGGCCCCUGGAGACCAACGGAGUCCUCACUUCUCUCAACUGCAGUCCUGGACCUCUGGACCUCCAUCCCAAACACCCAGAAGACAGCUGGAGUGAGAAGGCCCAGAUGUUUCCAAUAAGCUCCUCCUUGGAAAGCCACAUUGUCACCACCUCAUACAGCCCUGCUGGAGAUGUCCUGCCUCCUGGGAAGCCUGAUCCAGAUCUCUCCAGCUCACUGAUGUCCAGGAAGGAGAUGCAGGACGAAAGGCCUUCAGAUGUCCCGUCAAGGAGCUCUUCUCCACUCUCGCCCAGAAGUAGGCCCUGCAAACGGAGAAUUGCCAUGCCACUUGUGCUGCCCCUGCCGCUACCACUGCCACGGCCACUGCCACUGCCACUGCUGUGGCAAGGUGAGAUGCCCCCACCUCCUAAACUUUCUUGCAUAGCUAUUGCCAAAAACCUGGGCACCUUGGAGAAGAACACUGAGUGUCAGCGGAACAAGAUCUUGGAGGAUAAAACGGGGGUCAUGGCAGACUGCAGUGCCACUCAGCCUGCCCCUUCUUUCUCCCCACCUGCCUCGGAGACUGCAGACUCCCUUCCCCUGGACACUUACUCCUCACAGCCCCCUCACCUGUCUGCCCCUCCACCUUCCCCGACACCAAAUACUGAUCAGGAAACAAGAUACACAGUCCCGAACUCUCCUCCUCCUGCUGUUCCUGCUGAUUCUUUUAGACCUAGUCCUGUUUUGGGAAUUCCACUGAAUGAGAAUGGAGGCCCUUUUCAUGCAGUGAGAGCUACAGCAUCUCCUAUUUCUGGCCUCCCCACACCUCCUAGCACCUCUACCUUCUCCUUCAAGCUGCCUCGACAAAAAGAACUCCCAACAACCCUGUGUGUAGAUUCUCCCCCUUCUUUUCUCUUACCCACCCCUCUUCCAGUCCCUUCCACCUGGAACCCUGCUUUCACUGGCCACCCAUCCCUUCUGUGGAGUCCCUUCCACAUCACAGCCAUGGCAUCUGCAGGUCUGACCUCCCAGCCCACUUUAGAGCCUGGUGUCAUUGACAUGGACACGACUCCCCCUUCCCAGGCUGGCAUUUUCAUGUCCCCAGGCUCCAGUGUGAGAUCUCUCCCAUUUUCCCAAGUUCACUGCACUGUGGAGCAGAGGCGCCCUGCAAAGGUACCAGUCUCCACCAGCCCAUCUUCAUUGAUGGUCCCUGUCCCCACCCCAAUUAUUAACUAUCCCUUUGGCCUGCAAACCACCCCUCAGCCCAGCUGUGGGACCCCCGAUGGGCAGCAGCAGACAGCCUCUCUCCCCAGUGCUCCUGUUCUCACCAGCCCACCCCUCGUGGCUCCUGCAGUCCCCUACGCUCCAGCAGGCAGCACCUCUGCAAACUUCAAGCCUGCCUUUAACACCGAUGCCAUGGAUCCCACGCCUCCUUCCCAGGCUGUCAUCUUCCAGUCUCCCCGUCUCCAGGAGAACCACUUCCCAUUCUACAUGGCGCUUCCUGGUUCCCAGAACACGCCACCCAGUGGCAGCAUUGCCUCAGCCCACGUCUCCAUCUGUUUACCUGCACAGUCAGUCAGCAGACGGAUCACAAUUUCCAACCUUCUCUUUAACCCAAGAAUCACCUCUCAGCCCACAUUUGGGGCCUAUGAUGGGCAGCAGCCUAACAACUCUUUUCUAGUGGGAACACUGGCAGCCCCAGCACAAGCUGUGGCUCUAACCUCUCCUGCAGCCCGGCCACCCAAAGGCAGCACAAUGCAACCAGGUUUAGCAGGUUUCACAUCGCCAGGUUCUGCAUCUGGCACUGCUGUCUACAUCCAGCUGACUUUUGGUGACAUCCCAUCUGUUCUCCCCAUUGGCACAUCUACUACUACUGGCUUUGGAGUUGCCACCAGGAUGCCCAGCACAAGGGGCAGUAGCUCACUGUUUGCCAAUACAACUCCAGGCCCACUUGUUUUUCUGGGACCUGCAGCCCCUACAGAUGGUGGGAGCUUUGGGGUCAGUGUUCCACCCCAGGCCUUACUCAGGGCACCCAGCACCACUUCUGGUCCUCCUUUUGGUCAAAUAACCUGGGAUCCAUCUGGCCACAGCAUGGCUUCUGCAGUAGGAGGGGCAAGCACCAUGCCUGUGUUUGCACGCACUUCUAGUUCUACAUUCACUCCAAGCACCUGA